AUUGCUUCGUUAAUGUUGGCGUCACCGCUAAACAGUUCUUCCGUUGAUCGAGGCAAGAGGAUUUGGGCUUCGGUAGUUUUUUAAAUUCGCUGGAAGCGUCUUUCACGGACACGGUGUUAUUGUGCACCAAAUUGAUGAUUUGAUAGUGCCAGGGCGAGUGAUAGUGCAAUAAAAAAAUUGAUUUAUUGUGAAACAAAAUGUCAACGAAGGCAACGAAGAAGAGCACAGCGGCGAGUUCGAGUAGCAACGUGCAGUCGUCACAAUUCAGCACGUCAACGCCGAUCGGCCAGCGGCCAGGGAGUCCUUUGAGUCCGACCCGUUAUUCACGUCUUCAGGAAAAGCAAGAUUUACAGAAUCUAAAUGAUCGGUUGGCUUGCUACAUUGACAAAGUACGACAUUUGGAAACCGAGAAUUCGAGACUUACGCGGGAGGUACAGACGACCCAGGAGACUAUCACCCGCGAAGUAUCUAAUAUAAAAUCUAUGUACGAGCAUGAAUUGUCCGAUGCAAGGAAACUAUUGGAUGACACUGCGAGAGAACGAGCAAAGUUAGAAAUUGAUACCAAACGGUUAUGGGAUAAUAACGAGGAGCUCAAGUCCACAUUAGAUAAAAAGUUAAUGGACUUACAAGUUGCUGAAAGAAAUUCAUUAUUAUAUGAAACACGCUAUAAUGAUUUACAAUCACAAUAUAAUCAGUGUCAAGCAGAACGUAAAAAGGAUACUGAGAGGAGAAAUGAAUUAGAACAAGAAGUAGAGAAAUUGAAGGCAUUGUUAGAAGAUUCCCGUAAACAUCUGGGAGAAGAAACUCUACAACGUAUUGUUCUUGAAAAUAAUAUUCAAAGUUUAAAGGAAGAUAUUAGCUUUAAAGACCAAAUGUAUCAACAGGAAUUAACGGAAACACGAACAAAGAGACAGAUUGAAAUCUCUGAAAUAGAUGGUCGUCUUGCUGAGGAAUAUGAAGCUAAAAUGCAAAAAUCUUUGCAUGAAUUACGAGAUCAAUAUGAAGCUCAGAUGCGAGCUAAUAGAGAAGAAAUUGAAUUGUUAUAUGAAAAUAAAAUUAAAAAUUUGGCAGCCCAUGCCCAACGUAACAGUGGAGCAGCAAGUUUAGCUGUUGAGGAAUUAAGGCAAACAAGAACAAGGAUUGAUACACUUAAUCAAAGAAUCAAUGAAUUGGAAGCAUCAAAUAAUGCUUUUAGUGCACGAAUAAGGGAUUUAGAAAAUUUACGUGAAAAUGAGAAGGCCCGUCAUGCAGAAAAUGUAGCAUCUUUGGAAGCAGAGCUAGCACGUAUACGUGAUGAAAUGGCUCAACAAAUACAAGAAUAUCAAGAUCUUAUGGAUAUCAAGGUUGCUCUUGAUUUGGAAAUUGCAGCAUAUCGAAAACUUUUGGAAUCUGAAGAAGCCAGAUUAAACAUCAUGCCUGUACAGUCAAGUUCAACAGCGUCUAGUGGCAGGACUACUCCUUCAAGACACACGCCAUUAAGAGGUGGAAAACGAAAACGCACUUUGUUAGAGGAAAGUGAAGAACGUAGUAGUACUGAUUAUAGUGUAUCUGGAACAUCUAGAGGGGACAUAGAAAUUACAGAAGCUGAUCCUCAAGGACGAUUUGUCAAACUCACCAAUAAAGGCAAUAAAGAAAUAGGACUUAGUGGUUGGCAAAUUAUUCGUAAAGCUAGUUCUCUGGAAACAGUAUUUAAGUUCCAUCGUACUGCAAAAUUAGAAGCAGGUGCAACUGUAAUGGUGUGGUCUGCUGAUAUUGGUGCUACCCAUGAACCACCAUCAAAUAUUGUUAUGAAAGGCCAAAAAUGGUUUACAUCAGAUGUUAUGACAACUACACUUCUUAACAACGACGGCGAAGAAAUAGCUACUUCAGAGUGUAAAAGACAACAAUUGUCUACAUCUCUAUCCCGACAUAGGGAAAACUUGGGUUUUCGACCUUCGGAAGAACUUCACCAUCAACAGAGAAGAUAUCUCUACCCAUAUUAAGUGGGCGAGCGAACGGUUCUGAUGGGUCAAUUUAUGGUGAUCCUCAAGGAGAAGAAUUUUGUCGCCUUAUGUGAAAAUAAGUCCACAAAAUAAUUUCAAGAAUUCUAACAGCACGUUUUUAAAAAUGCUUAAAAAAAGGUACACAGAAAAAGCACGAGAGAAUUUGGUUUAGAAAUCAAAUCUCAGAAAUUUCAUUAAUAUAAAGAAUUCAUAUAAAGUUUCGAAUGAUAUAUUUUGCUUAAGAAAACAAUAAAGAAGAGAUUAAAAACAGAAUUCACGACACAUGUUAGUACUUUAUAUUUAUAGAGAUAUGUACUACAUAUGAGAAAAUAUUCUGUAAUAUAAUGUUUAAAUCAAACUUAAUGAAGAGUUUCAUGAAGAUCGAAACGAUUAUUGCAUUUACAUAUUUGCACUUCGUACAAAACUUAUUUGUCUGUUAUAUCAGAGUUGCUGCUUUAUUGAAUAAGAAGCACGAAUAAUCUUUUCAACAAAUAACUAUUUUUGGCGUACCAUUUAUUUCUACCUAGUCGUUAUCGUGCCUUUUUAAAUGUAAAAGAAAGAGAUCUUUUUUCUUAGUAGGUAGUAGUAUUUAUUUUUAAGUACAAACCCGGAUGCAAUAGGAGCAUGAUGCCCGCCGUAUAUAAUAUUCAGAUUGAUUCGUUUGACAGGAAAAUAUUUUCUGAUAUGUAUACUGAGUUUUCUAUUAAUUAAUAAGACAAGUAAAAAAAUGGAACUAUGUUUAUUGCAAAAUGUAUCAGCUCCGCCAUCCGGAACAUCAUUUUGUUAAUUGUAUUCGACUUUAUACCAUUUAUACAAGUAAUAAAAAUCUAUAAUUAACCAUA